UACGCUUGUCUUUAGUCUCGGGAGGGAGUCGUGAAAAAAGGCUAAAGAGCGAGGAGGAAAAAGGAAAGCUCAUUACCGCUGGUUGUGUUGAUGAGACACGCCAUCCGGCUAAAGCGUAGUUAACUUGUUUUUAUAUAUUUUCAAUAGUUUCAUUCCUCUUAGAGGAUACCAGGUAUCGCAGGGAGUUGUGAAAACAGAGAGUCUACCGGGAAUUAACAGAACAGAUUUCCACAAAAGGCAAUGAAUAAAUAAGAAGGAUACACAGAAAAUGAUUCGCUUGGAAACACAUCUGACUAACCCCCUGGGGCCAAUGUCUCAUUGGUAAUUUCCCCAACUUUUUGCAUCCGUCCUGGUGCCCCAUGGAUUCCUAUAACUUGCACUUUGAGAGAAUGAGCAACGUGGACCUGCAAACUUUGAGCCUUCCCGUCAAUCGGCUCUCCCCAGCAAAGUCCAACAGCAGCAUCAUUGACCAACUUGCCCACCAUCAACACGGCAAAGGAGACUCUGCCUACAGCUCCUUUUCUGGUGGGUCAACUGCCCCCGACUAUCCUUCUCCUUUCCUUUCAGAUGACCUACAGUCCAGCUCCUUUAGCCCCUUUGCUGAUCUUAAGUAUGUAAAGUCAAUUUACCAUCCUAUCCAGUCUGAUACAAAGACGAUGGACCAGCUCUACCGAUCUGUGGAGGCUUUCUCUGUGCACUAUUGUAACAAUCCUAGCACUGCUGCAAAUCAGCACAACAGCAAUAAUAGAUUCCAUAACAACAGCCCAGAGGUCUUUUCGGGAGGUCCAAAUCAAAGUUCUCACCUUCCUGAAUUUGCACCUCCAGUCCCAGCACGUAUAGAUAGUUACAUAGCUACAAAAAACUUGGAAAACAACACAGUUCCCCAGCACAGUGCUGAGGACAAGCACCAUCAGCUACAGUCUCAACAACAGCCUAGGUCAUACCCUCGAAUUCACACACAGCAACUGGGCUCAAAACAAGCCCAAAGUCCAGAUAAGUCCAACUCAGAAACAGUUGACUCAAACUUCCACUUUGAUCCCGUGUUUUCCGUUUGGAAGGACCCUCAAGAACAGCAGCCGCAGAUCCAACCGCCACCAGGUUUCCUGCCUCAACUAAAGUUAAAUAAUGAGACCAGGGUCACAGAGACGUCAGACUGCCUCAUCAUGGAUAACAAACCUGAGUGCAUUAAACUCAGACGUCUCUCAGCAAGCAGUGGAUGCAAUGGGGACCAUAGCAGGUCCAGCAGCAGUACCACACUGGAGAGCCAGCGACAAAGGUCACACUCAGAAUAUGACUUGCUUGGGUCAGACUCAUCUCAUGCUGCCAGUCUGUGGAAUGCUGGUCAGAGUUUUAUUAACAGCAGCAUUCAACAUAAAGGUCAGUUUUACUUUGUCACAGGGCUGUGCAAACUGCCUGACUCAAAUAUGAGGACAAAUGCUGCAUCUGUGUGUGGCUCUGAUACUGGGAGUGAGUGCUCCAGCUCCACUGUGGUGGAGAAGCACUGGAUAAGAGAAAAAGAAAGAAGCCACAGCACAAUGGAUAAUCUCUUCAGACCACUUCAUGAGAACUGUCACACAUUCGGCGGUACAAUUCAAGAUAAGAAUGAGACUUUCAUGUCUCUGUCCAAUUUUAAAGACUUGUCCUCUAAAAGUCUGGAUCAGGAGAAUCACAAACCAUCUUUUGUGUCAACACGGUCCUCUCGAAGCUUUGACGCUUUAGAGGAAAUGGACAUGAUCCAGAGUCGAGAGAUCAGCCGACACAUUGCUAACAAUCCGAUAUUCUACUGUGGACCUGACAAAAAUGACUUUUCACAUUCUGCAACAGAAACAAAGGAAGUCUCCACAUUAUUAACCAAUGAACAGCCCCCCUACCCACAGAGAGAGGAAAAGGCUAAGAAAGGGAAACGGCAGCCGCUGAGCGAGGUUGCCAGUGAGAGAAUAAACAAAGAGACAACUCCUCUUCUUUAUCACCUCACUGAAGGCAACAAGGCUGCCUUACAACCUAGAAAAGACACUGAUGUAAGUAUAAAGAUCAACAAAUCCACUCUGAACAACUCAGAUCAAGAAUCUACAUUGGUGAAUGAUGAUGAAAGAGCUCUACGAAUUGACCUAAAAAAGAACCACGGUGGAGACAUGAUUUCUGGUGCCUAUAACACACUCGAUGAAUCUUUUAAAAAAUACUACAAAGAAAAGUUGAAGGAUGCACAAUCUAAAGUCUUAAGGGAGACUUCCUUUAAAAGGAGGGACCUUCAGCUGUCAUGGCCUCACCGCAUCCGGCAAAAAUCUGAGUUCAAGCCUGCAAUAAUUCAUUCCUUCACCCCAUCCCAGGACUCCCAAACAUCCACAGAAACACUGACUCCUUCUAUGACCUCUGAGGACACAGAUCAGUGUAGCAUAAAGGAGGAGGUCGAGGAAACACAUAUGGAAGUGACUACAGAGACAGAGAAGGAAAAUGGGAGGCCUGAAAAUGUGGCCCAGCCUCAGGUGGCACGUGUUGGAGGUAGGAAGCGAUUGACACCAGAGCAGAAGAAGAUGUGCUACUCGGAGCCAGAGAAACUAAACCAGCUUGGGGGCAACCCCAGCCACUCUGCUUGUCGCUCUUUUGGUAAUGAAAGGGAGAACCCAUUUGCAGCCGAUUGUGAAAGAGAGGCUAGUGAGCAACCGGGUGAGCGAGGACUAGUUGCGACCAGGAGGAAAUUGUUUGAGAUGAGAGAUCGUGCCAAUUCAGCAUCCAGCACCUCAAAAACAAACCUUAAGCAUUUGCAACAUAAGGCCCUGGUGGAGUACAUGGAGCGCAAGACGGGCCAGAAGGGGGCAGAGCCUCAGCAACCAGCUCCUCAGGUACCUCCUCCCCCCAGGCAGAGACACUCUAUGGGUGAGAAACCAUUUGACUGGGGCCCCACUGUGUCUGGAAUUAAUGAAAGCAAACAUACAAAGAAGAAGCUUCACAGACCUCUCUCAGCAGGACGUAUUCUUGACUCCUCCACCAGCUCUAUCAGGUAUGCACAGUUCACGUCAACACAGUCUGUGUCAGGACAAUAUUCUGACCAGUCAAAUCAGCCUAAAUGGAAGGAAAGUCAAGGUCGACAUCAGGGUAAAUCAGCCUCUGCAGAUAGUCUCCUGGAGCAACCAGGCCCUUCGGAUAUCUACAGGAUCAGGUCAACAUCCACACCACAUGUCCUUGAGACACGCACUUGUGACAGAGAACCAGUUAAUGGUGUGGAGACCUGUAGUCCUCAGAUGGGUUCCUUGGUGAAGCCUGAUCCAGAAUCGUAUCAACCUGUCCGUGUGGUUGCACAGAGGGGCAAGUCCAUGGAAGAGCUUGGGACUUUAAAACUAGCACGACCUUCAGCCUUGAGUAGAAGUUCUGAGCAGCUGGAUCGACUAUGGAGACAUUCGCCUGGAUUCGGAGGUCCUGACAUGGACAAGAAUAGUUUUUCUUUGGUCACUGAAGUCAGGGAAAGGAAUUGGCUUGAAAAGGAGAAGAACAAACAAAUUCCGGCAGAAACUGUAAUAAAUGAGUUUGAGAAAUUUCAGGGACCAGUUCAGAGCCAAACAGGCCACACCACAAAAGUUCUGUGGAAACAGAACUCAGCAGAACCAGGGGAAGAUGUGAGUGUAGUUACAAGAAAAUCAAGUAGACCCACAACCCCUUCCUCAUGUUCUUUUACCCAGGCCAGAGUUCAAUCUGUAUCUCACGACCCUGUCCCUGAAGAGUUUAGAUCCUGCAGACCCCCCAGUGAAACCUCAUCUAAUCCACCUUCCCCCAGAGGUCUAGACACAAGUGAGAAGGAGAUCAAAUCAACCUCCACCUCCCCUGUCCAGACAAAGCCUCCUUGUGAAAGCAGAGCUAGCUUUGGUAGAGUCAGAACUUCCUCUGUGAUUGGAUCAGAGAUGGAGCAGUCUGUGGAUGAACCCAUCCGUGACUGUCAGCCAGCUGAGUCAAAUGAAGAAGUGUCUCUGAGCUGUGGGGUCACCACAGAUCCAGCACUGUGGAUUCUGAGCCUUGAAGAAGAUGUGGAAAAGGAAGUCCGCAAUGCUCUGCCCACUGACAGCCUUUCUGAGGACAGAUUGACCUGCUCAACUCUUCAGGGACAGGCAAGUGAAACCUCACUGUCUCCCUGCAUCUCUGCCUCUGCCCCCGACCAGGACAAAACUCAGGAGGAGGAAGAGGAGAAAAAUCAGGAAUCCGAAAAGGUUAAGUUAGACAGAAACCAGUUGAAGGAGAGGUGCUCACCAGAGGCAGUGUUGGAGAAUCUUAAAGCAUCUUGUGAGAAACCUCAGUGGGAUGAGCUGGUAGAAGCUGUUGUCCAGGUCGACCAGUCACUGACCAGAGUUUUCUACCCACUGACCAAUCGUAAAACGGCACUGAUGCUGAUGGAGCAGCUGCUGUCAGAGGACACGCUGCUGAUGGAGGAGCAUUACAAGAAGAAACAGGAGCAGGGAGGAGCAGCAGAGAGUGUCGAUACGGUCAAAGGUUCAGACACAUCUCUUUGUCCUCCAACUGCUGAUGGCAGCAAAAGUCAGUGUGCAGAUCUGGAGAGUCAGACUGACAUCCCUGAGAAAAAGCAUCUCCUAGUGUCAUGUAUUGAGGAGCAGCUUCGUUCACUGGAGAAGAUGCGCGAUCCGCUCCAGAAUGAAAUUCAGGAAAACGCGACCCGAGGGCAGGCACUGGAGCUGCUGGUCCGCGAACACUGUCAGCCGCUCGAACUGGAGAGAUACAGUCUAUUUAUAGGAGACCUGGAGAGGGUGGUCAGCCUGCUGCUCUGCCUCUCUGCCCGGCUGGCCAGGGUGCAGAACGCCCUGAGCACUGUGGACCAGCACACAGACAUUGAGGAGAAGGAGUCUCUGGACAAUCGUUACCGCCUGCUGUGCAAACAGAGGGAGGAUGCCAAAGACCUGAAGGACAACCUGGACCGGAGGGAGAACCUGGUGUCCACCUUCUUAUCUCGCCAGCUGUCCCCUGAGCAGCUGCAGGACUACCGUCGAUUUGUUCAGACAAUGGCUUCGCUGCUGAUACGGCAGAAGGACCUGGAGGAGAAGCUGAGGCUGGGAGAGGAGCAGCUGGAGGCUCUGAUCAACAGCCACAGUCUGUGAGAGGUGAAGAGGCAUCAGCAGCCUCAGGUUAUUUGUUUGUAAAUGUACUUAGAAGAGGACAAGUGAAACGUUGUGUCUGUGCUUCACUGCUUCAAUUUGCCACAUGAAGACACAGUCACAGCUCCUCCUGUCACAGCUAUAGGCCCACCCUCGGUGGGCGCCCAGGUGGCUCGCCCGGUUUCCGCCCCAAAGCAGUUCUGAGGACUCGUCCCAUACAUAUAACGUACAUGUUUCCUGUGAUUUUUCAGCAGAAGACCAAUCUUGUUCUGUUCCUCUCAUGUGCCUUUGCUGUCCGUGUGGGACGCUGAACGUUAGCACUGCUGCGUGAAAACACUGUUAGAAUUCAGUGUGCGCUUCUUCUCUCAGUACAAACUGUAGCGUUCCUGUUCUGUACGCCUGUGGAAUAUGAUAAGCUUUAAGUCUGAACUAGAGUGACCUGAGACGGAACAGCGUCAUGUCGCUAAAAAUAUACUAUAGCUGUAGAAGAUUUAAUCUUUUUCUCCUUUUUUAAUGUUAUUACUUUUUAAAAUGUUUCAAAUUAAGGCACUAAAAACCAAAAAAGGUGAAUGAGAUUAAAAAAAAGCACUUUGAUACAAAUGACACAAAAAAUGCACAUUUCUUCACUUAACUCAAACAAUUUCAAUUCAAAAGCCUUACUCCAUCUUGUGGAAUGAUACUUUUAAUGUUGUCAUCACAUUUGAGUGUUUUAUAAAGGUACACAAGCACAUUCAUCAGCAGCAAUAAGAUGUGUACAAAUACUAGUCUCACUCUUUAGGGUUUGAUCGUACGUUGAAGCGGUUUGUUAAGCGGAGGUGCGGAACCUCUUUAAAGCAUUUACUUUUUAGUUUUCAUUUCAAAUUUUUAACACGGGGUGAUUCCUCACGUUUUCCACAAUACUUGAAACUCUUUGAUGGAUAAGAGAAGAUUCCACCAAUUUAAUGUUAGGUGACAUCAAUUCAUUUUUGUAUUCACUACCUCCACGAUUAAGCCCCUCCCUCCCUUUUGAGACACCUGUAACCUGUGAGUUGUCAAUUCUACACCUAAUCAUGUGUCAAAAAAAACACACUUCACAUUCUCCGCAAUCAAAUAUUACUCCUUGAAUGUAGAUUGUCAUCACUCUUGUUCCUUGCAUGACUUUCAUUUGGACUGAAUCUAUCAGUGUGAGCUGCUGCUCUACGUAACGUGCGCUGUGUGUGCGUGAGUUCACCUGGGUCACGUCUGGUUAAAGACAAAACGACAGAACUUGUUUUGUUUUUUUUUGCCCUCUUCCUUUUUUUUUAACUAAACUCUAUUAAGUCAUGUGAGUAUUUAUGUGAGUAGUAGUGUAUGGGGUUGACUGUGAUGCGUAUUUAUUGAAAAAAUAAAAUGUCGAACAAGUAGAUGUCAUCAAAACACAAUUUCACAUGUUUCUGAGCAGUUUGAAGUAGAAAAACAAAAGUCCCUAACACAAAGCCCUAAAACAUUGCUCUGCAGAUUUACGACUCACUGUCCCUCGCUUUGCUUAACAAAUGAAUGUUUGUUUCUGGCCUUUGUGCUGACGCAGGGAGGCUGACGGUUCAGAAAGACUAUCUAUUGUUCCCUGAACAUGUUGGAAUUUUUAAAGACCCACUUUUUGGAGAAAGACAGAGGACAGGAAGUGUGUGUGAGGGAAAACACUCUCAAAAACAGACCACACAUAAAUAAAUACUAUAAAUACUCCUCCAUUGUUUGUCCUGGCCUGGACAUGGUCAUUAAAGUGUUUUGUUUUAGUUUGUUUAAAUGAAUUAGUUGUGGGAUAUAGUUUCAAAUUCCAGAGCUUUGUGUGACACUGACACACAAACAUAAACCUGCAAUGAAAUCCCCCUGCUGGUAAGAUGAGGGUAUAGACAUUUCUAAAUCCCCUUCUGUUUUAUUUCACAACUGGUGAGAGUUUGAGUUGUGUUUUCGUGCCUGUGUGGAGUUGUAAAUUCCAUCAUGUUUGUAAUAUUGUGAAUAAAUUAAGCUCUCCCUCUCUGA